CCCAGCCCUCCCCCGAGCGUAUCUCGCUUAAGAUGGCAGCGGAGUCAGGGGAACUAAUCGGGGCUUGCGAGUUCAUGAAAGAUCGAUUAUAUUUUGCUACUUUAAGGAAUAGACCAAAAAGCACAGUAAAUACCCACUAUUUCUCCAUCGAUGAGGAGCUGGUCUAUGAAAAUUUCUAUGCAGAUUUUGGGCCUCUGAACUUGGCAAUGGUGUACAGAUACUGCUGUAAACUGAACAAGAAACUAAAACCAAAGAAAAUUUUCAAGAAUAUCCCUUUCCUGAGAAAGUUGGAGUCAUACAGCUUAUCGAGAAAGAAAAUAGUGCACUACACCUGUUUUGACCAACGGAAAAGAGCAAACGCAGCAUUUUUGAUAGGUGCUUAUGCUGUGAUCUAUUUAAAGAAGACACCUGAAGAAGCCUACAGAGCACUGCUGUCUGGCUCAAAUCCCCCCUAUCUUCCAUUCAGGGAUGCUUCCUUUGGAAAUUGCACUUACAAUCUCACCAUCCUCGACUGUUUACAGGGAAUCAGAAAGGGAUUACAACAUGGAUUUUUUGACUUUGAGACAUUUGAUGUGGAGGAAUACGAACAUUAUGAGCGAGUUGAAAAUGGUGACUUCAACUGGAUUGUUCCAGGAAAAUUUUUAGCAUUUAGUGGACCACAUCCUAAAAGCAAAAUUGAAAAUGGUUACCCUCUUCAUGCUCCUGAAGCCUACUUCCCUUAUUUCAAAAAGCAUAACGUAACUGCAGUUGUGAGGCUGAACAAAAAGAUUUAUGAGGCGAAGCGCUUCACGGACGCUGGCUUCGAGCACUAUGACCUCUUCUUCAUAGACGGCAGCACACCCAGCGACAACAUCGUGAGAAGGUUCCUGAACAUUUGUGAGAACACCGAAGGAGCGAUUGCGGUUCACUGCAAAGCUGGCCUUGGAAGGACAGGGACAUUGAUAGCCUGUUAUGUAAUGAAGCACUACAGGUUUACACACGCUGAAAUCAUCGCUUGGAUAAGAAUUUGCCGGCCAGGUUCCAUUAUUGGGCCCCAGCAGCACUUCCUGGAAGAAAAACAAGCAUCAUUGUGGGUACAAGGAGACAUUUUCCGAUCCAAACUGAAAAAUAGACCAUCCAGUGAAGGAAGUAUUAAUAAAAUUCUUUCUAGCUUGGAUGAUAUGUCUAUUAGUGGAAGCUUAUCAAAAAUACAAAACAUGGAAAGAUUUGGAGAGAAUAAUUUAGAAGAGGAUGAAGAUGUGGAAAUGAAAAAUAAUAUAACCCAGGGAGACAAACUACGUGCCUUAAAAAGUCAGAGACAGCCACGCUCCUCACCGACCUGUGCAUUUAGGUCUGAUGAUGCAAAAGGGCUCCCGAGAGCAGUAGUGUCCCAGCCUUUCAGAUUAAGUUCUUCCCCACAAGGAUCUGUGUCUACUUUGAAGUCUUCAAAAGUGGCUUUGGCCCCUUCAGCAACGGCCAAAAGGAUAAGCAGAGGUUCAUCUUCAGGCACCAGCGUGAGAAGCUUUUCCAUAAACUCCCGGCUAGCCAGUUCUCUAGGAAACUUGAAUGCUGCAACAGAUGAUCCCGAGAACAAAAAGACCUCCUCAUCCUCUAAGGCAGGUUUCACAGCCAGCCCGUUCACCAACCUCUUGAAUGGCACCUCCCAGCCACCUGCCAGAAAUUACCCUGAGCUCAACAAUAACCAGUACAACAGAAGCAACAGCAGCAGCAGCAGCAGUGGGGGCAACCUCAACAGCCACCUGGGCCCCCACAGCGCCAAGACCGAGGAGCAUGCCACCAUCCUCCGGCCCCCCUACACCGGGCUUUCUUCCUCUUCAGCGAGAUUCUUGAGCCGUUCUAUCCCUUCCCUUCAGUCUGAAUAUGUUCAUUACUAAGGCCUUGCCGCUCGGUGGAAGCUGUUCCUUCUUAGACAUCUGGACAAGCCAUGCGGAGGAGGGCACCAGCUUGCUGGAAGGAUUUCUCUGCCUUCUUACCUUAAAUUAGAGAGAGCACUAAGAUAACACCUUCAAGAGACUUGAAACCAGACAGCUGGUUAAUGACUACUGUAAAUGCACUGAAACUAUGUUUAUGGAAAUUUCAACACUUUUUAAUGACAGUUUUAAUGUUGAAUUUGGUAUUUUGAAAGUUAUUUUUAAUGUAUUUCAGUAAUACGUUUGUUAUUACAUUUACAUGUACAGUGUUACAUUAUGUAUGUAUUGUGAACUUCAAAAGACUAUUUUGAUAAAUUUAUAAAUAUAUGAAAUUUAUGUAAAAACUAGACUAUAUUUUGAUUUAGAUUUUCCUGUUGUUUGCUACCAAAAAUUUGUAUUUUAAACUUAUUUAGUUUUAGUAUGGCCUUUGUCUUUAAUGAUUCCUCUUUAUUAAGAAAAAGAAAGGGAGAAAGUUUUUAGGAAGUGGUUUUUAUGUUCCCACUGUGAAUAUGACAGAUCAGUGUAUUCUUUGGGGAUGUCAGUCUAAUUUAAAGAGUUCCUCCAAGUUUACUUCUACCAAGAGUAGACUUGUUUGAUAUGGUUUAUUUAGGACAAAACCCUUCUCCUUCAUUUUUGUUUCUUGAACCAUUGAAAUUAGCUUUGUAUCCUUGGAAACUUAAAAAAAAAAAAAAAAAACUUACAUCCAGUUGAAGAUUUUAGAGUCUCCUGGUUGUUUCUCCUAAAAGCCUGCUUUUUCUCUAUGAAAUGACUGAACAUUCCAAUUGCUUUUCUUUUUUUUUUCUCCUCUCAAAAGAGUGCUUUAAAAAAAAUGCCUUAAACCAUUUAUUUUGCCUCUGUUUUCUCUUUUGUACAUAUGCAGAAGAAGGAUACAUAUUUUAAAAUCCACAUCUAAGGUCUCUGAUCGCUCUGCCUCUUAUCAUACAAUGAUGAUUUUAACGACCGACCGAAAAGCACUUCAAAAGAGUUAUUAACUCGAUUAGAAUAUUCUGCUUUUGGUACGAGGUGGUUGUUGCCUUGUAAAUCACACGUGGUCUGACACCAGUUUAAAUUAAUGAGGGAAAACCUGAAAAAGAUGCUGCUAAGUAGUUCUUUAUAUCCGGGAGUUAAUUUUUAAACGAACAGAGUACAACUCCCUGACACACACGCAGGAGUAUCUGGAACUAAGAUGAAAAUGAAAGGACCCUCUUUUGGGUACUCAUAGCCCUUUCAUGUGAGUCUAAUCUUUUAUUUAGGUCUCCAGAAUCCUGUUGGCUUCAUUUCCAGGGAGCUGGAGGGCUUUACAUCUGGUUCUCUUCUGGCUGCUUAAGAAUGGACUCAUGCCCACCCUGCAAGUGCUGGGUCAGGGGAUUCAUGUGUAGGGCUUGACUCUGAGCAGUUGAGUUAUUUAUAAUGUAUUUAUUAGGAAGGGGUACCUUGAGACUAUUAUUAUGUGCUUCAGCAAGACAUCUUGUUCAUGUUUUAUGCUUUUAAAGAGACGUUUGAAUGAAUGUUUGACUCAGGUUUGUUAACAUAACCUUCAAUAACUACAGUACCAAAAAGUUGCGCUCAAUUGAUGAAAAAAAAAAAAGAAUUGUAUGUUU